AUGCUGGAGCAAGAUGCCUCUGCCUGGCUCGCCUUUAGUUUCUUAUUUGGCUUUAUUUCGCUCGUCUUACUGCUUCAAUCCACUCAUCAUUGGCACAUUUUACCGUUUGCUAUUUAUGCAUUAUUUAUCAUGAUUGGCCAUCUGUACAUAGCCAUUACACCGUAUUUCUCCCAGUCAAAUAUACCAUGGAAAGAUCAAGAGCCCAUCGUCACUCAACUACCAGCUAUCUCUAUACUUGCGUUUGCAGGAAUAGUAGAUUGGCAGGUUGUCUACGUUAGAUUUAUUAAUACAGCCUCUAAAAAUUAUAGAAGAUGGGGAAGCUUGCAUCCAAUGAACAUGAUAGACGAGAAAUCAGAUGAGGAUUCGAUGAGUGACACAUCCACCAUCAUCCUUCAGCUGCCAUCCGAGUAUCAUCACAUAAACUACGUCGAGGUUAUCACAUCCAGCACAUCUACACCAUUCCUGCUCAGUGCGUUUACCAUCUGGAUAUACAUCUCGGCCAUCGCCAUCUAUGGAGUAACAACAUUAGCUUUUGUAGUAUGCAAGACCACUAUUACUGAUGCUCAGAUAUCAGCCCUGAUCUCAGCCAUCUGUAUAACUAUCAUGGCCAGCUUUACAUUGUUCAAUGCCAUCGCAGUCGUGUACACUGGCAGUAAAUGCCACUCGAAGGAGAUUGCAUGGAUCAUGGGUCAGAAUAGACGGGACGCUAUUAUCCUCUUCUUGAUGCCUCUGUUAUUUAUGGUUGCCAUGAUGAGUGCAACAGCUAUUUCUUGGGCCGCUUAUAAACAAACUGAUCCCACAAUAAAGCCAUUCGCCACAAUUCUUGACAGUGGGGUUCAAGAUGUCACAAAAUGGAUCAUUCUCAAGUCAUUUGCAGUCUAUUUACCCCUGAUCAUUUUGCUCAUUUGCUGCUCACUCAAGCGUAAAAAGUCAAAACUAACAGUGGACGAACACCAAAAGAUACUCACACAUCAAUCGGCCACGUUAAUAAAUAAAUCAUGUGUAAACUAA